AUGGACAGGGAUAACCCCAUUCAAGUUCAGAAGGAUAGAAUCAGUGAAUUUCCGGCAAAUGUGCUUGACAACAUUAUGGGAUUCUUGCCUAUUGCAGAAGCUGCUAGAACUGCUGUUUUGUCUCGCAUUUGGCGAGAUAUUUGGUUCAAUCUUACACGGCUCAACUUUGACUGUCACUUCUUUGAUUACAUGAUUAAAAAAUAUUCCAAUGAUUGCGUAACGGCAAGUUUCCAUAUUAUCUACAAAGUUCUUCUGCAGAACAAUGGAUCAAUCCUCAAAUUCGUCUUUUGUUUACCGGAUUAUAGGUUAUGGUAUGGUUUCAUGACUGAUAGGUCACAGUGGCGGUGGUUUGACUUUGAACAAUGGUUGCUUAGUGUCACUAGAAAGGGUGUUGAAGAAAUCCACCUUAGUUUUAAAUUAAACCGUGAUGAUUAUAGACUACCAAAUUGCAUAUUUUCUUGCCGAACACUCAAAAGUUUGUAUCUCUAUGGAGUCUCUUUUGAACCAAUACAUGCCCAUUCCAUACUACCAAAUGUCACUUCACUGUUUUUUGAAGGAGUCAACUUUUGUGAUCUUAUGCCUCAUGUUGCUAAUGUUCCCAUGCUGGAGAAUUUAUCAUUCAUCCAAUGUAAAUCGAUUUCUGAAUUCAAGAUUACUGCUCCAAAACUUCGUUAUUUAACAAUCAAAGGAUGCGAUACCGGGUCUUUGAUGCCUCCAGAUACCUUAGACAUCAGAUAUACUUGUACUCUUGAUUUUGAUUGUGCUUCAAUUAAGGAAUUUGUUGAAGUUUAUAAUAUGAGAGAUGAGUCAACUGCACUAAACGUGGGAUGCCUGAGGUUAACUGGAUCAAGUGCCAUAUAUUCAGCCUAUAAUAUAUCUUCUGAUUUCAUUUAUUUGCUACAAAUAUGUCCAAAAUUAUGCAAACUCGAUAUAAGUUUAAAGUGUGCUGGAGCAUUGUCUACAUCCUUUUUUUAUACUGAACUUUAUACGGUGGCCCGAUCGCACAAAAUGCUUCACACUUUGAAGCUUAGCUCGUUUACUGGAUCGAUAUCUGAAAUGCAUCUCAUCAAGUUGCUACUUGAUUGUUUUCCCGCACUUGAGAAGGUCAUCAUUUUUAGUCACAGAAAGCUUAGUGGCAUUGAGGAAUUUGAUACUAUUAAGGAGCUUUUGCGCUUUCCUCGUGUCUCUAAAAAAGCAGAAAUUAUUUACACCUGA